CCAUUCUUAUCAGCUUAUUCAAAAUAUUCACAAUGCUCAUUAAGCCACAGCUACUGCUUUAUCAGCAGACUAAUCUCUUCACAGCCAAAAGCACACUAUCUCCGCUGCACACAACUUUUGCCUAUAACAACCUCAUUGAUCGAAAAAGAGAAAUUUGUAACGCAAAAAAGAAAACACACAGCACUGCUGAGUGUUGCGUUCGCGGAGAAAGUAGUAAACUAAAUGCUGUUGCAAGCCCCGGUGUUCCCGCUCCUCUUGCUGCCAACGCUCCUAGGAAGACAAUUAAGAUCACGACGACGGUGAUUGUUCAAAUAAAGGAUGACGGAUUGUUGGAUUAUAUCGAUAAUAUUAUGGGCAGAAAAAUCCUAGUCCAGCUUGUUGCUGCAGAGGAUAAUUACAACAACGACAAAAUAAUCGAAGGAAAAGCUUACAAGGAAGGGAUGGAAGAUGACAAUGACAUAGAGUACAAGUGUGAGUUUGAUGUGCCAGAAGGGUUCGGGGAUAUUGGCGGGGUGCUUGUCGAAAAUAAACACGGCAAGGAAGUGUAUGUGAGAAGGAUAUAUCUUGAUGGCUUUCCUGGUGGGAGAAUUGUGGUGAGCUGCAAGUCAUUUGUUCAGCCCUCUACAAAGGAAGAGACCAUCAAGAGAAUCUUCUUCUCUAACAAGUCAUACCUGCCAACCAAUACCCCAAGUGGAUUAAUUGACUAUAGGGCAGAAGACUUGCGUGCUCUCAGAGGUGAUGGCAACGGGGAGCGAAAGUAUGGCGAAAGAAUCUAUGACUAUGAUGUCUACAACGAUCUUGGUAAUCCUGAUAAAUAUGAAGAUCCUGAAAAGAACCAUGGUCUGAAGAGAAAAGUGCUUGGAGGCAGUCCAGAACUCCCUUAUCCAAGGCGUGGUAGAACUGGCCGCCCACGCUGCAAGAACGAUAAGACUGCAGAAUCACUUACCACAGACAACAUCUAUGUUCCAAGGGACGAAUAUUUCUCCGAGGUGAAGAUGGAGAACCACACAGACACUACAAAAGGAGGAAAGACACAGGCAUUUGUGCCCGGAAUGGAAAAUUUUAUUAUUGGCAAAGAACUAGGAUUUCCAUAUUUCACAGCCAUAGAUGAGCUUUUCAAUGAAGAUGAUGAUCUGUCAGAAAAAUUUCAAGAAAAACUUAAAAAUGUUUUCCUUGCAAUCAUAAAUUUUCUUCCUUCCUGGGGAAAAAAGGUUUUGCGGUUUAGAACUCCCUCAGUGCUUGACAGAGAUAAAUUCAUCUGGAUAAAAGAUGAAGAGUUUGGUCGUCAAACGCUUGCUGGAAUCAACCCUUGUAGCAUACAAUUGGUUAAGGAAUGGCCAUUAAAAAGUAAUCUUGAUCCUGCUAUUUAUGGACCGCCAGAAUCAGCAAUCACUACGGAAGUGGUGGAAAUGGUGAUGCUAGGGCGCAUUACUGUUGAUGAGGCUAUUAAAGAGAAGAGGCUUUUUGUUAUAGAUUACCAUGAUCUUUUUUUGCCAUAUGUUCAUAAAGUAAGAGACUUGGAAGGAACAAAUCUUUAUGGAGCAAGGGCAUUGUUUUUUAGAACUCCUUUGGAGACUUUAAAACCGAUAGCCAUUGAGUUGGUUCGGCCAAAGGGAAGAGGAAAAGACCAAUGGAAGCAGGUAUAUUUACCAGGUUGGGAUUCUACAUCGGGCUGGCUAUGGAAGCUAGCUAAAGCUCAAUUCCUGGCGCUGGACUCCGGUUAUCACCAGCUAAUUAGCCAUUGGAUAAGAACUCAUUGUUCGGUAGAGCCAUAUGUACUUGCAACAAAUCGGCAACUUAGUGCAAUGCACCCAAUAUAUAGACUGCUAAAACCUCAUCUCAGAUACACAAUGAAUAUAAAUUCUCUGGCGCGCCAAGAUCUAAUUAAUGCAGAUGGAAUUAUCGAGUCAUCAUUUUCACCAGGUAAGUACUGUAUGGAAAUAAGCUCUGGUGCUUACAGAGAAUUGUGGCGUUUUGAUCAAGAAGGAUUGCCAGCAGAUCUCAUUAAAAGGGGAAUGGCCGAGAAAGAUCCAAACUCAGACACUGGAGUAAAAUUAACAAUAGAAGACUAUCCUUAUGCCAGCGAUGGUCUAAUUCUCUGGAAGAUCAUUAAGGAAUGGGUCAGUGCAUAUGUCAAUCGUUACUACCCGAAUGAAAGCUACAUAAAAUCCGACAACGAAAUCAAUGGCUGGUGGACAGAAAUUCGUACUGUAGGCCACGGGGACAAAAAGGAUGAACCAUGGUGGCCCAAGUUGGAAAACCAGGAUGACUUAACUGAAAUCUUGGUAACCAUCAUAUGGGUAGCAUCAGGACACCAUGCAGCUGUCAACUUUGGACAAUACGAUUUUGCUGCUUAUUUUCCGAAUAGGCCUACAAUUUCUAGGACUAAGAUGCCUAAUGAAGAUAAAACAGACGAGUCUUGGAAGUCAUUUCUGUCCAGGCCUGAGGACGAGAUUUUAUCAUGCUAUCCUACUCCAAUACAAGUUGGAAAGGUGUUGGCAACUUUGACAGCAUUGUCGAAUCAUUCGCCAGAUGAAGAAUAUAUUGGUCAGGAACCAGAGCCGUCUUGGACUGAAGACGAAGUUAUAAACCUGGCAUAUGAACUGUUUUAUAAUAGGCUGCUAGAGCUUGAUGGUAUUAUUGAUGCAAGAAACAAAAAUCACAAAUUGAGAAACAGGACUGGAGCUGGGGUGGUGCCAUAUGAGUUUCUAAAGCCUAAAUCAGAACCUGGAAUUACUUCCAAGGGAGUUCCUAACAGUGUUUCCAUCUAAUUUGAUGAUUUAGGCAAUACACGUGAGUGUGAUUCUCACAACAGAGUGUCUUACAGAGCUUGGUUUUCUUAAAUUUUUCCAGUAGCACUGCUUGCAAAAUUAAAAUGCUUCCUCCAAUGAUCAAUAAUAUUACGUACUUAUUUAUA